UCUGAAUUUUACUUCUAACAACAUAUCUACAUGGAAUAUGGGGUCUAGAAUCCCAAAAAUCAUUGCACGUAAUAUUUGAACAACACCUACGAGGCUAUUUCAUGAAAAUUGUUCACUUUCAAUAGUUGUAUUACUUUAAAGUUAUGUAAGCCUUAAGGCAGUAAAAAAAAUGUAUCUGUUCAUUUUUCCCGGGAGUUUCAAAUCAACAAAAUCCCGGGAGCCACUCGCAAAACCCAAGGCACAAAAGAAAAUGUCAAAAACCUUCUCAGCUCAUCCACACAAACGUCAAACGGGUGUUUUCCUGCAACAGUUCUUGUUGCGUCGCGUUUUUGGAAUAAAAUUGCAUCCGCAUCUCCGCGCCCUAAAACCUUCGCAAUUUCGGUUCCCCGCAAUGGCCACACCCGGAACGCCGGCACUGUAUGUAACUGAUCUCAAGAUUAAGCUGAAAAACACGGUUCCGGAGUUUGCCAGCGAUGGGACCGUCCGGUACAGGUGCAACCUGCUGGCGGCGGCCAGCGUGGUCGGAUAUGUGUUUAUGGAGACGACCGCCAGGCAAGGUGAUCGAUGAGGUUGUUCCGCUGUGGAUGGUUCCGUUCCCGAGGGAGCCGUUCAAGCUAGCGAUGUACUGUGACCAUGGGCUGCUGACGGUGGAUGUUUAUGCGGGUGUAUAAAUUUGUGAUAUUUACUCGGUCCCGUCGUUGAUGACGCCGAUGGCUGGGAAAUUGUACGAGAUUCGGACGUCACCGGAAUGUGGCGUGAGGAGUACGCAGAUUUUGUGGAAUCAACAUGUUUUCGAUGAUAUAAUUUUAGGUAAUGGAAAUAAUGUUUGAAAAAUAAGAUGUAGAACAGAUGAGAAAUAAAAAAAUUCUAUAUACUUUAUUGUAAUAAAAGACACCAUGGGUGAAAUUGGGAAAACUGUUUUACGAUGUGACUUAUCGGCUCAUUACUUUUGAUAGGGUUAUCAGAUCUUCAAUCUUAUAGUAUCAUCUGAAAGGAGUUUCAAUUAUCCAACCACUGUUUAAUCGCACGAUGGUUCCGGACAUUAGUUCCAUCAAAAUAUCUCAAAUACGGCCCCCAAAAGGCGACAACGAACAUAAAGUUCUCAUAACAUUUGAUAGGGUUAUCAGAUGUUCAAUAUUUUUGACUCAUUAGAAAGAUCUUUUAAUUAUCCAACUAAGGACGGGUCGCUUAAUGGACCCGGCCAUCAUUUUCAUCGAAAUAUUUGAGAUCCGGCCUAUAAAAUGUGUACAAAUAACACUUAAGUGCUCAUAACUUUGGAUAGGGUUAUCAGAUCUUCAAUGUUUUGAGCUCAUUAGAAAGGUCUUUCAAUAAUCCAACUAACGACGGGUCACAUAAUAGACCCGGACUACAUUUUCAUCGAAAUAUUUGAGAUCCGGCCUAUAAAAUGUGUACAAAUAACACUUAAGUGCUCAUAACUUUGGAUAGGGUUAUCAGAUCUUCAAUGUUUUGAGCUCAUUAGAAAGGUAUUUCAAUUAUCCAACUAACGAUGGGUCGCAUGAUAGAUCCGGACAACUUUUUCAUCAAAAUAUUUGAGAUCCGGCCUCUGAAAUGUGUACAAAUGACACUUAAGUGCUCAUAACUUUUGAUAGGGUUAUCAGAUCUUCAAUGUUUUGGGCUCAUUAGAAAGGUCUUUCAAAUACCUUUCUAAAAAUGUAUGAUCAGACGGGUUUUCUUACAAAAACCACCCUUUUUACAAUCUUUCAAACUUUAGCCAGAAUCGUUUUUUUAGCAUAACUUUUGAAAUACUUAACAAAACUUCAUAAUAGUUAAUAUAGGUCUUGUGGGACCCUAAGACGGAUCGAAUGAGACCAGAACGGCCCAAAUCGGUUCAGCCAGUCCGGAGAUAAUCGAGUGCAUUUUUUUCGGUGCACGGACUUACAGACAUACACACGCACAGACAUUUGCUCAGAAUUUGAUUCUGAGUCGAUAGGUAUACGUGAAGGUAGGUCUACGAGGUCGAAUUAAGAAGUUCAUUUUUCGAGUGAUUUUAUAGCCUUUCCUCAGUAAGGUGAGGAAGGCAAAAAGAUGCACAUUC